AUGCCACAACAAAAUGAAUGUUUAUCAUUUUCAUCAAAUCUAUUUGUUUCACAUAUUGAUUAUUCCGAAGCUCAAAAUAUCCUUGAAUUAACUACAACGAAACAAAAACAAUUCCGUCGACAACGUUCACAAAAUUUAUUUAAACAAGUUUUACUUAAUCAAACCUAUACACUUGUAUGUCAAUUAUUAGAUUCUGAUUGUUCUUAUUCUACUAAUCAAUAUCAAUCUUCAUCACAUUUAACAAUUGAUACAAAUAAACGAAAAUUAUCAUCUGAUGAUCAUGACUUACAACCAUUACUGAAAAAAUCCAACAGCCUGAUGGAUAAAUGCUAUGAUAUCACAAAUGAUAAUGAUGUUUUACAAUUUCUUCGUGAACUCAAUUCAGUGAAAGUAACAUCCAGGUAUUGA